AUGGAUUUUGAUGACUCAAACGAAUCCUUUGGUUGUUGUCGUAACCCAAUGAGUAGAGCAUACAUUACAAGUGUCUGUCCUCUCAAUGAUUGUCACAAUCCUUCAAUUCUGGAAACCAUUAAACGCAACAAUUCGUCUUCGAGUCCUCGUCGACAGCCCUCCCGUCUCGACAGUAUAUGCACUGAAGGCUCUUCACAUUCCUCUCCAACUGGAGUCAAAAAAUUGAAGAAAAUCCAAACCAUUUGGUCGACAAUUAAACGCUUUUCUCCGGUCCAUAGAAUCAAGAGUUCGUAUAAUAAGAGAAAGACAUUAGAAAAGAAUCAACGCUUAUAUUCAAGUCAUCCGGAUAUAAGUUGUAAUAAUUUAGUUGUUUUGACACAAAUUGAAACUAAAAGGAGUCGCGACGACACCGAUGCCAUCACUAUAUCGAAGUCCACUCGCAAUAGGCACUCGAAUGUGAAGACAUUCUUUGUAGACAAUUCUGAUAUCAUUUUCCCCUUUUCUGAUUCAAACACUAAUCUUAACCAAAUGUCUUCAGUAGAAGCAGAUAAUAUAUUAUGUAUUACAUAA